AUGCAACGAAUCUGGGGCAUUUUCUCUUAUUCCGCCUCCUCAAAUAACCCCAUGCUCGAAGCAUGCCUUUCCUCGCCUCCCGUACACACUCCAAGUCUAGCAGAUGGCUCCUUUCCAGUAGAUCCUUCGAUCGCGCCCCUGCCUCCAAGCUUCACUGCCGCCAAAGAGUCUACCACCAAGAUUGGUGAUGGUGACAACAUUGCAAAAGGGAACACCAUCCUGGAGGAGACAGAGCAAGAAAUGGAGGGAGGCAAUGCAGACGCUGAUGGAGAUGGUGGCUCGGAGGAGUCGACCGACUGGGACACCGAGUCGGCCGAAGAUACUCUCGACAACAACUCACCUCAGCCUCGUCAGGUUGUGAAGCGGGCACAACUUCCGCAGACCAUGGGCUUCCACUUGGACUGGUGGAUCGCACGCAUAGCCACCGCGGCCGUGAAUGUGAGUGUUCCCUUCCCCUUCCUCUGUCCCUAG